CACUGCAAGUAUGAUUUUCAUACUCGCUAGGGCUCGUGCAAAAAUACCCAAUACGCCUACAGAGACGCUGAUCAGUCGAAUGAUGAUGCAUAGCUUCCAGACAGGUGCGGCUACUACCGUGAUGGCUGGUAUAGAACUGGCAUUGGUCAUAGUGGAAAUGGCAGGGAUAGAGAUUUUUUGGUAUGAUUUGCCUGCGUUCAUCAUGGGGAAAUUGUAUUCGAACUGCUUGCUCGCGCUGAUGAAUGCAAGUAAGCUCCCGGAAACGAGCAUUGGUAUUGCAUCAGCGCCCGUUUCCACUUUGGCUUUUGCAGGGUCCGGGAUACCACUACACGAAGACUCGUUCGAGAUAAGACUGCAAAACAAUCACUGUGCAGCUCCCCAGAGGUCUCUCGUAUAAGAAGGGCGAGGGUGUAAUGGAGGCUUCGAGGAUGCCAGUACACACUGAAUCCACUGUAUUUAUUUAAUAAAACAGCUCCAUUUUAAGCAGAUAUACUCACU